AUGGAGGGUCUCCAUAUAAGCUGUGAGAAGUUGCUGAACUGCAGUUUCACCCAAUUGCUCACCUCUCUUGUGUUAAUUGUGCCGGCUCUCCUUGUUCUGAAGCUCUUCGUUGCUUCUCUGUUCGCACAAGAUGAACGGCCGGUUACCUUUGACGUACCCCUACCCAAGGAACUGAGCCCCGAAUGGGAGGGUGUUGCGUGGGAAGAUAUCAGUAAAGAGUCCCGAGAGAUCCUGGCCUCCCAAGGUACAACUGGGACAUUUAGCGAAAAGAAGAUUUUGAGCUAUUGCCCUGCCGAUGGGCGUCUGUUGGGAGACGAGAACGGUAUAACCCCAGCUACCCCGGAGGACAUCGAUAAAGCGUUCAAAAGAGCCUCGGCCGCAUAUUCGCAAUGGAGGGAAACGAGCUUUGCGGAAAGGAGGAGAGUUCUAAGGACGCUAUUGAAAUACAUCCUUGAACACCAGAAUGAGAUCGCAAUCGCUUGCUGCCUCGACUCGGGUAAAACGAAAGUGGACGCUUGCUUUGGAGACAUAAUGGUUACAGCCGAUAAGUUAAAAUGGACAAUUGACCAUGGCGAAAAAUCACUACAGACAGACCGCCGGCCAACGAACCUACUCAUGAUGUACAAGAAAAAUACCGUUCGAUAUGAGCCCCUCGGCGUGGUGGGAGCUUGCGUGUCUUGGAACUAUCCAUUCCACAAUCUUAUUUCUCCGGUCAUCAGUGCCAUAUUUGCUGGAAAUGCCAUCAUUGUGAAACCAUCUGAGCACACAGCAUGGUCGUCAAUCUUCCUAUGCGAUAUCAUACAACGCGCAAUCGUCAGCUGUGGCCAUCCAAAGGAUCUCGUCCAGACGGUCAUCUGCCUACCACAGCAUGCUGAUGCAAUGACAUCGCACCCGUUGCUACGGCAUCUGAUUUUCAUUGGAUCAAAACCGGUUGCCCAUGAAGUCUGCAAGUCGGCCGCAAAGGCAUUGAUUCCCGUAACUGUGGAGCUUGGUGGAAAGGAUCCCGCCAUCAUCCUCGAUGACCCUAAAACUAAAGGCGACCUUCCCAGUAUUGCUUCUAUCAUGAUGAGAGCUGUGUUUCAAUCCGCUGGCCAGAACUGCAUUGGGACUGAAAGAAUAAUUGCACUUCCCAAGGUCUACGAUGAGUUGCUCGAGAUCGUCACUCCACGUAUCAAGGCACUUCGUCUCGGAUCCGCUCUCCUAGAUGGGAAGGGGGACCCAAAGGCUCAGAAACCUCCUCACACUCCAGACGUCGGUGCUCAAAUAUCUACUAGAUCUUUUGAUCGUCUUGAAAGCCUGAUAUCCGAGGCUGUGCGAGACGGAGCCAGGCUGAUUCAUGGAGGGAAAAGAUACAACCACCCCGACCACCCCCAUGGCCAUUACUUUAUGCCCACCCUCCUAGUCGAUGUAACUACCGAAAUGAGGAUUGCUCAGACAGAGUUGUUCGCGCCAGUCUUCGUUAUGAUGCGAGCUGAGACAGUAGAUGAAGCCAUCUCAAUUGCAAAUUCCAUUAAAUAUGCCCUUGGUUCUAGCGUUUUCGGCCACAACCGAAAAGACGUGGAUAAGUGUGUCUCCCGCCUCCACGCAGGCAUGGUUGCAAUCAAUGACUUCGCUACGUUCUAUGCUGUUGGUCUGCCCUUCGGUGGUGUGAAGGAUAGCGGGUACGGGAGAUUCGGUGGCGCUGAGGGUCUCAGGAACCUGAGCAAUCUAAAGGCCGUUUGUGAAGAUAGAACAUUCAUCCAGACCAAGAUCCCACCGCGACUAGAUUAUCCAAUCCAAAAGGGGCGGGGAAAAGGGGACGAUGGUGAUGUUGCAUGGAAUAUGUGCCAGGGAGUAGUAGAGACUGGAUAUCAACCAUCCCUCUUUGGAAAGAUAAGUGGAGUACGAAAAAUUCUAGGCAAUAUGUGA